AUGAAGAAACUCUUUCUGCGGAAGGGAAAACCCCUCAAUAAACUCCGACCUACACCAAUGAAGAAAUGGAAUAGUGAAAUCACCGAUCAACUAGUGCCAGAACAAAUUGAUUCAGAUGUCAGCUCGGAAGGAGAUUCAGAGCCAAGUGAAGAAGACAGUGGUGACAAUGGCGGCAGUGGAGAUGAUGAAAAUGAUGGAAGAGAUGAAGAAAACAACAGUGGCACUCGUAAGCGUUUGUUUUCUGCGACUUGGCUUGGGGUGGCCCUCGGUUUUGUUGCUUGGACGGUCACUGGUGUUGCUUCUCCAAUUGGUGCAUCACGUCUUGGGAGUGUUGAAAUUGUUCGGAUGGAUUCUAGUUGUACUGGCAACACUGGGUUUUUUGACUGA